CUCUAGCAAUUUGCUUAAUACUAUGGCGGCCAAGCUUAUUGUUUCCAGUUUUUUCUUCUUCUUUAUCUUAUUUUUUGUAACGUCAAAUGGAGCACUCAACGUGAUAACUUAUGGGGCGAAACCCGACGGCAAAACAGACUCAACGGAGGCGUUUCUCCGGGCGUGGACGGUGGCUUGUGGCUCAGCUAAGGGGGCUACGAUUUAUGUGCCGAAAGGGAGGUAUUUGAUGAAGGAAGUGGAGUUUCAAGGGCCAUGCAAGAGCAGAAUUUUGGUUCAUAUAAAUGGAACUAUUAUUGCUCCUACUGAUUAUCGUGCUCUUGGGAAUUCGGGGUAUUGGAUUUUGUUCAAAAAAGUUGAUAAUCUUACAGUUGUUGGUGGGAAUCUUGAUGCCAAGGGUGCUGGCUUCUGGGAUUGCAGGAAGUAUGGAAAAGAUUGCCCAGUUGGAGCUAGGUCAAUAACAUUCAAUUGGGCAAACAAUGUUAUAGUAAGUGGCUUGACCUCAAUCAACAGUCAGGCAACUCACCUUGUAGUCAACAGUUGCAACAAUGUAAUUGUCCGCAAUGUGAAGCUUUAUGCUCCUGAUGAAAGCCCCAACACGGAUGGCAUCCAUGUGCAAUCCUCUACCGGCGUUACAAUCACCGGAAGUACCCUUCAGACCGGCGACGAUUGCAUAUCAAUCGGCCCUGGUACCAGAAACUUGUUCAUGAAAAGCAUCAAGUGUGGUCCUGGACAUGGUGUUAGUAUUGGAAGUCUUGGCAGGGAGCUCAACGAAGAUGGGGUUGAAAAUGUAACAUUGACAAAUGCAGUUUUUACAGGGUCAGAUAAUGGAGUAAGAAUCAAGUCUUGGGCAAGAAAUAGCACUGGUUUUGUGAGAAACAUUCUCUUCCAAGACUUAAUUAUGUACAAAGUUAAGAACCCCAUUAUAAUCGAUCAAAAUUAUUGUCCCGAUAAUCAAGGAUGCCCUAAUCAGACUUCUGGGGUGAAGAUUAGUCAAGUGACAUAUAGAAACAUACAAGGAACAUCUGCAACACCAGAGGCUAUGACAUUUGAUUGCAGCCCUAGUAAUCUAUGUACAGAAAUCAGAUUGCAUGACAUCAAGCUUAAAUACAUGAAUGAAACCGCGACAUCUUCAUGUAAUAACAUCCAUGGAACGACUAGCGGAGUCACCGAUCCUGAGAGUUGUUUCUGA